UCCCCCAAAACCCCCCAUGCACCUCUCCCCCACUCCAUCCCCCAAAUCGUCUCCCGCUGCACCUCUCCGCCACCCCAAUGCCCCCCAUGCCCAUCGCCGCGCGGAGGGUGCUCGCCUCGUCCGCCCGCCGCCUCGUCUCCGCUCGCCCGGUUUCCCCCCUCGACGUGCGCUCUCCAACUUCCGCGCUUGCCGUCGCCGCUAUCUCGCCGCGCCACCCCCCUCUCCCCGCUCCCCCGACGUGCGCCGAUGGCGCUGGAGGCGUGUCGGGAUGCCGCUCUUUCUCCGCGUGGGGGGGAGCGGACGGGGCGGCAGGCAGCGGGGCAUGGGCGCAAGCAGGGGGGGUGGAGGGGAACGCAGCGGGAGAGAGCGGCGCGCAGAGCGGCGCGCAGAGCGGGUCCAAGACGACCCACUUCGGGAACCGCGCGGUGAGCGAGGACGAGAAGGCGGGGCUCGUGGGGGGGGUCUUCUCGUCCGUGGCCAACAAGUAUGAUGUCAUGAAUGACGUCAUGAGCGGGGGGCUGCACCGACUGUGGAAGGACAGGAUGGUGCAGGCGCUGCACCCCUUCCCGCGCAUGCAGCACCUCGACGUGGCAGGCGGCACAGGCGACAUCGCCUUCCGGGUGCUGAGGGCCAUUCGCCAGGCGGAGGCGGAUCCGCGCCGCAUGGCGGCUGCUGCACGCGCAGGGGGGGGCGCAGGAGAGGGCGAGGGCGAGGGGGUGGCGAGGGUGGCGCGGGUGAUAGUGUGCGACAUCAACGAGGACAUGCUGCGCGUGGGGCAGCAGCGCGCGCAGCAGCAAGGCCUGGCGUCGGACGCGGCGCUGGAGUGGGUGCAGGGCGAUGCGGAGGACAUGAGUGCGUGGCUGCCGGACGGCAGUGUGGACGCCUACUCCAUCGCCUUCGGCAUCCGCAACGUCACGCGCAUCGAUGCUGCGCUCAGGGAGGCGCACAGGGUGCUGCGCAGGGGGGGGCAGUUCGCAUGCUUGGAGCUCAGCCACGUGGAGGACCCUCUGCUCAAGGCCAUCUACGACGCCUACUCCUUCUCAGUCAUUCCAGCCAUUGGCCAGGUGAUCACCGGCGACAGGGCGUCGUACCAGUACCUCGUGGAGAGCAUCCGCAAGUUCCCACGCCAGAGAACAUUCUCCCACAUGAUGGAGCAGGCAGGAUUCAGGAACGUGUCAUAUGAGAACAUGAUAGGUGGCGUAGUCACGCUUUUUACAGGCUUCAAGCUCUAAUUACAUGUCUGCAAACAAUGAGAACGUACUGGUACUUAAACCUAGGCGUGUGGGUUAGGAAU